UUCUGUUGUUAUAAAAACUCACCCAUGUUGGUUGAGCCAUUUCAAUCCUCCCAAACUUGAACCACAGCAUACCUUGUCGGCCCUAUAUCUCUAAAGCGACCAUGGCGGUAAGCAACCGCAUAACAGCGAUUCUGAACUUCCUAAUCUUCCUAAGUUCCAUCCCCGUCAUAGCCGCCGGAAUCUGGCUUGCCUCUAAGCCCGACAACGAGUGUGUCCAGCUUCUCCGCUGGCCGGUUGUGGUUCUCGGUGGCCUCCUCCUCCUCGUCUCUCUCGUCGGCUUCGUCGGCGCCUACUGCAACCGCCCUGGUUUCUUGGCUGUCUACCUCUUCUGCAUGGCCCUCCUCAUCCUCCUCCACCUAAUUCUCCUUGUCAUCGCCUUCACCGUCACCCGCCCCGACGGCAGCCAUCCCGUCGCCGGUACCCGGUUCCAGGAGUAUCGCCUCGACGGUUACUCCUCAUGGCUCCGAAACCACGUCACUAGCACCGGAAGUUGGCAGAACGUGCGUACGUGCUUGGCUGUUUCCGAUGUCUGUCCAAAGCUGGAUCGGCAGUUUUCCUCCGCCCACCAGUUUUUCGCGGCGGAUAUUUCCCCACUUCAGAACUGGUUUCACGGAAUCUGUGAAGGGGACAUGGAAAUGGAAACUCCGAGACACAGAAAGAAAAAGGAGUUUGGGAUGAAGAUGAAGAUGAAGAUGAAGAUGAAGAUGAAGAUGAAGAUGAAGAUGAAGAUGAAGAUGAAGAUGAAGAUGAAGAUGAAGAUGAAGAUGAAGAUGAAGAUGAAGAAGGUUCGAUCGAAUCUCGGAAGUGGAAUUAGAAACAGGAACGGAACAAUGCUUUUCAAGGAAUCUCACCCCAUUUAGACACCAAAAGCAAAACAUUAUUCGAAUCACAAAAGCAGAACAGCAAUCCAAAACCCUAACGAUUUCAUCGAAUAAAUCCAAUAAAACCUAAUCCGAUUUGAUCUCAUCCAUUUUCCUCUAAAUUUAAACAGUCAGGCUGCUGCAAACCGCCGGCGGCGUGCGGAUACACUUACGAGACCCCGACGACAUGGGUAAACCCGAACAACCCGACGUCUGACCCGGAU